AUGCAGAUUCUCAAAGCAAGAUUCGCUCUGAGAGCCUCGGCCUCACAGUUCCAAGCGUGGAGUUCUUCAAAACAUCGGACUGCAACUUCAGACGUCAAAAAUGUAGAAUACAAGCCAAUAAGAAGCGUAUUAGUGGCGAAUAGAGGUGAAAUUGCCAUCCGUGUGUUCAGGGCAUGUACGGAGUUGGGAAUCCGCUCCGUCGCCAUCUACAGUGAGCAGGAUAAACUUCAAAUGCACAGACAAAAAGCCGACGAAUCGUACUUAGUUGGAAAGGGCCUUCCACCAGUGGAAGCGUACUUAAGUAUUCCUGAAAUCAUUCGAGUGGCGAAGGAAAAUAACGUUGACGCUAUCCACCCGGGUUAUGGACUGCUUUCUGAACGGUCAGACUUCGCCCAAGCAAUCAUCAGCGCUGGAAUCCGAUUCAUCGGUCCCUCACCCAAAGUGGUUCAGCAAAUGGGAGACAAGGUUGCUGCCAGAGUAGCUGCUAUUGAAGCCAAGGUACCAAUCGUCCCUGGUACUGAUGGACCGGUCACGACAAAAGAGGAAGCAUUGGAGUUCUGCAAACAACAUGGACUACCUGUUAUAUUCAAGGCGGCGUAUGGCGGUGGGGGUCGCGGUAUGAGGGUUGUCCGUGAGAUGAGUGAAGUGACGUCAGCCUUCGAGAGAGCCUCUUCUGAAGCGCUUGGGGCUUUUGGAAAUGGCUCCAUGUUCAUUGAGAGAUUCAUCGAACGACCAAGACAUAUUGAGGUUCAGCUAUUAGGUGACAAAGCAGGCAAUGUCGUACAUUUAUAUGAGCGUGAUUGUUCCGUACAGAGACGUCAUCAGAAAGUUGUUGAAAUCGCUCCAGCACCCAGACUGGACCCUGAAACACGUCAACGUAUGCUGGAUUGUGCGGUCCAUUUGGCUCGUCACGUGAAAUACGAAAAUGCGGGAACUGUCGAGUUCCUGUUGGACGACAAGGGGAACUUCUACUUCAUUGAAGUUAACGCUAGAUUACAAGUAGAACACACAAUAACUGAAGAAGUAACAGGCAUCGAUCUAGUGCAAUCUCAAAUUCGCGUGGCCGAAGGCAUGACGUUGCCGGAAAUGGGUCUCACACAGGAUAAAAUAAGGGCGGACGGAUACGCGAUACAAUGCCGAGUGACCACUGAGGACCCGGCGAAUAACUUCCAACCUAGUACCGGCAGGAUUGAGGUGUUUAGAUCUGGCGAGGGUAUGGGAAUUCGUCUGGAUUCAGCCUCAACUUACGCCGGAGCUAUUAUAUCGCCAUACUACGACUCGUUACUCGUUAAGGUGAUAUCCCACGCUCAAGAUCUACCAUCAGCGGCUGCGAAGAUGAACCGCGCCCUUCGCGAGUUCCGUAUCCGAGGCGUAAAGACAAACAUACCGUUUUUACUAAAUGUGCUUGAGAACCAGAAAUUCUUAAAUGGCGCAGUAGACACAUACUUCAUAGACGAAAAUCCCCAGUUGUUCAUGUUCAAGGCAUCACAAAACAGAGCGCAAAAAAUACUUAACUACCUCGGUUACGUAUUGGUUAACGGACCAGCCACGCCCCUGGCGACCCAAAUACCACCUUCAAAUGCCAAGCCUUACAUACCACCAGUUCCAUUGGACCUUUCGCCAGAGGCAAUUAGAAAUCAGGAACUGACUGGCGAAAAUACAGCUGUGAAACCACCUAGGGGUUUCAAACAAAUUCUCCAAGAGGGCGGUCCUGACGCUUUCGCAAAGGCCGUACGCAAUCACAAAGGUCUAUUGUUGAUGGAUACGACGUUCCGUGACGCGCACCAAUCGUUGUUAGCGACGCGUGUACGUUCGCACGACUUGUUGGCCGUGUCUCCGUACGUAGCGCACAACUUCAGCGGGUUAUAUUCUUUGGAGAACUGGGGUGGAGCCACUUUCGAUGUUGCUUUACGGUUCCUUCACGAAUGUCCCUGGGAGCGUUUAGAAGACAUGCGUCGUCAGAUACCCAACAUUCCCUUCCAAAUGUUAUUAAGAGGAGCCAACGCGGUCGGCUACACCAAUUACCCGGACAACGUGGUCUAUAAAUUCUGUGAUAUGGCUGUGAAAACCGGUAUGGACAUUUUCCGAGUCUUUGACUCCCUCAAUUACCUUCCGAAUCUCAUACUUGGCAUGGAAGCGGCUGGGAAAGCUGGUGGAGUGGUCGAAGCAGCAAUUUCUUACACGGGGGACGUAUCCAAUCCCGAGAAAUCCAAAUAUGACCUUAAGUACUACGUCAACUUGGCCGAUGAACUGGUGAAAGCUGGAACACACGUCCUGGGAAUCAAAGAUAUGGCUGGAUUGCUGAAGCCUCAGGCUGCUAAACUCCUAAUAUCGGCGAUCCGCGAACGUCACCCGUCCGUCCCAAUCCACGUGCACACGCACGACACGGCCGGAGCCGGAGUGGCCGCCAUGUUGGCUUGCGCAGAGGCCGGCGCCGAUGUGGUGGACGUGGCCGUCGACUCUAUGUCUGGACUCACGAGCCAGCCCAGCAUGGGAGCGUUGGUCGCUUCCCUGCAGUCCACUAAACUGGAUACGGGUAUCCCCUUACAAACUGUAUCUGAAUACUCCGCGUACUGGGAACAAGCGCGUACGUUGUACGGCCCGUUCGAAUGUACGGCUACAAUGAAGUCAGGGAACGCCGACGUAUACCUCAACGAGAUCCCCGGAGGACAGUACACUAAUCUCCAGUUCCAAGCCUUUUCUUUGGGAUUGGGGAGUCAGUUUGAAGAAGUUAAGAAAGCUUACAGAGAGGCAAACCUCCUCCUCGGAGACAUAAUAAAAGUGACGCCAUCGUCCAAAGUGGUGGGAGACUUCGCCCAAUUCAUGGUGCAAAAUAAACUGACGGCCGAUGAAAUCCUCUCAAGAGCCGAGGACCUCUCGUUCCCCAAGUCUGUGGUGGAGUUCUUCCAAGGAGCCAUUGGAAUACCAUAUGGUGGAUUCCCUGAACCCUUGAGAUCUAAAAUCCUCAAAGACAUGCCAAGAAUCGAAGGUCGCCCGGGCCAAGAGUUGCCUUCGCUGGACUUCGACAAACUGAAGAAGGACAUACAAGAGACGUACUCGGAUGUCAGCGAUCAGGACGUGAUGUCCGCCGCCAUGUACCCGCAAGUCGCGAACGACUACUUCCGUAUACGCGACAAGUACGGGCCUGUCAAACAUCUCGAUACUAAGACGUUCCUCGUUGGACCCGAUGUGGGAGAUACUAUCGAAGUUAAGAUCGAACGCGGAAAGACGCUGGACAUCAAGACAUUGGCUGUGUCUGAUGAGAUGACAGCGGCUGGAGAGAGGGAAGUGUUCUUCGAACUCAAUGGACAGCUACGGUCCGUCUUCAUACGGGACGAGAAGGCUAGCCAGGAAAUGAAGAUCCAUCCAAAAGCCGUGAAAGGUGACAAGGGCCAAGUUGGAGCUCCCAUGCCUGGAACCGUUCUAACUAUUAAAGUUAAAGAGGGCGACAAAGUAGACAAGGGUCAAGCGAUCGCUGUCCUCUCAGCUAUGAAAAUGGAAAUGAUAGUUCAGGCACCGCAAGCUGGUAUCAUCAAAAGUGUUGCCAUCACAAAUGGACAAAAACUGGAAGGCGAUGAUCUUAUCUGUACUAUUGAGGGAUAA